AGGCGGCUGCGUCUCUGCUCGGGGGGGAAUGUGCUCGUGUUUACCUGGAAUUUCCUCUCGCGGCGUGCCCGCGGUCGCCCGAAGAUCUCCGGUUUCUGUUUGGAGGGGCGGGGAGGGUCUGGAAAAACGAACCCGGCUCUCGCAAAGCAAAACAAACGCUCGCCGUCUUAUUUUCUUAAAACGUCACCGGCAAUCCCCUAAUUGAGGGGACUGACUCAUGGCUUCUAAGCCCGGACCUGCUGGUGCGGUUGUGCGUUAGGCGCUGCCGUUCUGCUGACUAUCGUGUGGGGCACGGGAAGGGCCUCUUCGCUCGGCUGCCGUCGGCGCAGCGCCCAAGGAUUGUGUUUCUAAGGUCUGUGAGGGUUGCAGACCGUGUACCCCUUCCUGCUGGCAGGCCUGCCCCGGCAGAGGUUGGAGCUGGGUGGUCUUUAAGGUCCCUCCCGACCCAAGUGCACUACGAUUCUAUUAUUUCACGGGGCAGCUUCUUGUUUCCUGAAGAUGCGUUUAAGUUCUUGGUUCUUCCCCUGGUUUUCUGUUUCUUUGAAUUGCUGUGCUUGCUGUAGCAGACGUUGCUCAUCUGAGCUCUUACGUAAGUUACUAUGAGUACUACAGCAUCCAGGCAGCGCUCCAAGCUGGCGCUCCUGGGCCAGCGUGUUCUGAGUUACAGCGGCAUUGAGAGAGUGCAGUGGCAGCAGCAGCCUGCAGGCACCGCAGCUGAAUCGCUGGCUCCACCUGGGCAGUCGCUCUUGCCUUGAAGAAGCUGAGCUGCUGUCAGCGAUUAAAGGUGGUUAACAGACCCCGGUAGCAUAAGAACCAGAGCAGAUAGCUGUAACGUGCUAGAAACCAGACGUUUAACAAAAAUAUAGGUGAAUCCCAAGGAGAGCCAUUCUUACAAGAAGGGCCACAGCCAUCCUAGACACACAGGACUAAUUAGACAUAGGUAGCUCUGAAAGUAAUGUCUCCUGUUUAUUUCCAUGGAAACUACUACAGGUGCAAAGAGCACAAUAACGCUAUUUGAUAGAGCAAAUACUCAGCUACAAAUCGCCGUUUGAUUUUAACAAUCACUACUGUUAGCUGUGCCCUUUUGCCGUACAAAUAAGAAAUCAGUUCAUAAAAGUUACCUGUUAAUUUGUUAAACAAGAAAUUCUAUCCCUUGUUAUAGGGAGGUGUAACUUCCAAGUGUAGCUGUGGUCUGCCAAGCUUCAGUGACGUGCUCAAAAGCAGAUGGGUGUGGAUGUGUUGAGGAUGGAGAACUGUCACCUGCUGCAGGGGUGCUGUUUGCUCAGUCUUCUUCCAUUUGCCCUUUGGUGUGGGCCAGAAGAGUGACAGAAAAAGCAUUGCUGGGCUUUGCACCAGUCUUGCAGCAAGGGUAGGGCUGAGUUCUGAGAGUGUUUAGUAACUCCUUUCACACUUCCUUCUCUAUGUUUUACAUUGGCCUUUUCUCUGUGAACUGAAGUAGGAAGAUGAGAUGGAGGACUUUGAGUGGAGUUUCAGUUCUUCUUUAUUAGAGGCACGCUCCUUACAGUGACAGAGCACGCACAAGCAUAGGGGAUGACUGCCAUGUGUCAGAGAAGGAAGAGAGUUGUGGGCUUUUGUGUUCUUCCUAUUUUCUGUGCCUCAUGGGAGGAUGGUGUAUCUAAUGCUCUUGCUCCCAAGCUCCUCUGCUCUGAUUGUACGAAGGCUUUUCCUAUUUAGAAACCCGAUUUUAAGUUUUUUGGAAGUUUAUUGGAGCCGUGACCUCACUGAAGAUCUGAGCUCUUUGCAAUGAAAAUCAGAGGAACAUGUAACCAGAUCAACAGCUCAUACAGCUACCGUGUAACAUACUUUGUGUAUAUGAUUCAUGUAACAUGAAUAUUCCAGAAAUUGUCUCUGGAUCAUCAGCAUAACAUUCUGAAUUAUUAAUGUAAGUAGCAUAAAAUCUCAAACAUUCAAACAUGAAUGUAGAUAUUGAGGAUGUGUAAGGACUUCUACCUCUUUUCUCCACCUUAAUUGAGUAUUGCUGCAUGAAAUACUGUGCAAUUGCUACAGCUGUGUCCCUUUUUAUUAGAAAACAGUGUCUUCUGAUCAUUGGUCAUCAUACUUCAUAGGCACAGACAAUUCAGAUGAUUUAUUCCUUCUGAUGAACUGUUGUUUUUUCUCCAUUUAAUAGCUUUAUCCCUUUCUUCUACAGUUACAUAUGGGUGUUUUUUGUUGUUUCAUCUAGUCCGUUUUUUUAGGAGACUGAAUUCAUACUCACCUUGGAGGUUACAAUGGCAUUUUACAGCUCUAUUAUUUUUGCUUACAGCUGAAGGUUUGGAAACAAAACAGCAGAAGUUUAACAUGCGAGAUGAGCAGGGUUGAGUUUUGCAAGUAUUAAGACCAACAGAGAAGUCACACUUCAGACUGUCAUCCAAUAGGUGCUGUCUGUGAGAGAUAUCUGCUUUCGUCAAGAAGUGGUGUGGAAUUGAUGGAACUGUAACAUCUGGGUCACUGAGUCGGUCUCUCUGCUCUUUCCGGGAAGAACUGACCUAACCCAGGCCUUUUGUUCUUUAAAAAGUAUUGUAAUAGAAGAACAAGGAUUAAGCCCUGCUUAGGAAGAAAGGUAUUUCACUGGAUGCAGCUGCUCAUCUCUUUGCCCUGGGACUGUCAGUCUCACUGCCUCACAUGCGUUUUCUGGCUGCUGCCAUUCACAUCUGCUGCGCUUUGUGAGCUCAAACAGCACUGCAUGAAGGGUGCCCUGUGAAUUCUGACUACAACCAGUGACUGCGCUGCAAGGUAGAAGAAAAUUCAGAUACAACAUGGAUCAAGGAGCUCCAGAAUCCCAUCAUGAUUUCCAGAGAUGUACCUCAGCAGCUGGAAGCAUCAGACAGACACCAAUCUGUCCUCCGGCUGAGCUCAUACACGCUCUUGGGAGAUGGUGACUGCGGUUUACUACAGAGCUCUAAGCAGCUCAGCCCACUGCAGUGGAUUUAACUCAUCUUCCCCUAUGCUCCUAUGUUAGGUUUGAUAUAAUCCGAAGGAUAUUGACUCGUUUUUUUGAAACUGAAGUUAUCAUGGUGAUGGGGAUUACAGACAUAGAUGACAAGAUCAUAAAAAGAGCCAAUGAGAUGAAUAUAUCGCCAGUAGCUCUUGCUCGUAUGUAUGAAGAAGACUUUAAACAAGACAUGGCAUCGUUAAAGGUCCUUCCUCCGACAGUAUAUAUGAGAGUGACUGAAAACAUUCCUCAGAUAAUUUCCUUCAUAAAGACAAUAAUUGCUAACGGGCAGGCUUAUGCAACUUCACAAGGCAAUGUUUAUUUUGAUGUCAAGUCUUGGGGAGAAAGGUAUGGAGUAUUAACUGAUGUUUCUGCUGAUACACAAAGUGAAGCAGUUGAUACGGAUAAGCGGCACGAUAGAGAUUUUGCCCUGUGGAAAACUGCCAAACCUCAAGAGUUAUCCUGGAGUUCUCCCUGGGGAAAGGGAAGACCUGGGUGGCACAUUGAAUGCUCCACGAUAUCAAGUGCAGUGUUUGGAAAGCAGCUGGACAUCCAUACCGGUGGGAUAGAUCUCGCAUUUCCUCAUCAUGAAAAUGAAAUUGCGCAGUGCGAGGUGUAUCAUCAGUGUGAGCAGUGGGGGAAUUAUUUUUUGCAUUCUGGGCAUUUACACGUUAAAGGAAGUCAAGAAAAAAUGUCUAAGUCGUUAAAAAACUACAUAACAAUCAAGGAAUUUCUGAAGAAAUUCUCCUCGGAUCAGUUCAGGAUGUUCUGUUUGCGCAGCAGAUACAGCUCAGCUGUAGAAUUUAGUGAUGAGACCAUGAAUGAUGCCAAGAACAUUCUCCAGGCAAUCUCCUCGUUUAUUAGAGACGCAAAUGCUUAUAUAAAAGGACAGCUGGUGUGUGACCCUGUUAGAGAAGAUGUACUGUGGGAAAGGCUGGCCAGCACAAAGGUAAACGUGAAGGCUGCGUUUGCAGAUGACUUUGACACCUCCAGGGCUGUUGCAGCAAUUAUGGACCUCAUUCACCAUGGCAACAGACAGCUUAAGGCUGUUACUAAGGAUGUUGGAUCUCCCAGAAGCUCGGUUGUGUACGGGAGCAUUACCUCCUAUAUAGAAAGCUUCUUUAAUGCCCUUGGGAUGUCCUUUGAAGAAAGGCAGGUGGCAGCGGGAGGAAGAAAUACAGCUCUGCUCUCCAAUGUGAUGGAUGAGCUUGUGAGCUUCCGCACAAAGGUUCGUAACUACGCUCUUGUGCUGCCGGAAGCCGCAGAGACUGUGCAAAUGGAGGAAGGUGCCGUGGGAGCAAAAGGACCAAAACAAGGACAGAAAGAGAAGAGAAGGCAGUUGAUGCAGGAGAGAAAACCCCUCCUGGAGGCCUGCGACAGCCUGCGUGGGGACCUGGCUGCCUUUGGAAUCCACAUCAAGGACAGAAGCACAGCUUCGACGUGGGAAAUGGCAGAAGGCGGGCGAGCAGAGCAGCAGGCUGAGGAGAAAAGCUGAGCCUUCAGCGCUGGGCUUGCGCUUUAACUGCUGCGUUGUGAAUGCUGCUACUAUCCUAAUAAAGUAGAAGGCGUCAUCUUUUCA